UCUUUAUAUACCAGCUUUUCUUGGUGAUAGGGUCUUUCAGAGCUUUACUGAUAUAUCAUUAAGAUUAACGCAGAAAGUGAGCGACCAAACUUGAAAUGCGUCGUAGGUUGUUCCCAAAUGACCUCUCCCAUGAUGAAACAAUUAAUGAAACGAGCAGCCUUGAUAUCAGUCUUUCUGCUAUGGCUUACUAUCCUUAUCCUUACUUGCCCAUAUUAGAGAACAAUGAGUCUAUCUUUGUCCUUGAUUUCUCUGAUGAAACAAGAGAACAUAAAAAAAGGAUUAAACGAGCUCUAAGUUUCGCAGAAUCCACUGGGAGCGAUGGUAUCUAUAAUACUGGUGGUAGUGGCAGUGGCAGUGGCAGUAAUGAUACUAUAAGCCGCAGUUGUAGUACUAAUAGCUUGAAUAGCUUGCCAAGGCUUCAUUUUAGAGAUCACAUAUGGACUUAUACUCAAAGAUAUCUUGCAGCUGAGGCUGUCGAAGAGGGAGCAGAAGCCAUGGCCAAUUCUGAGGAAGGUGAAAAUCAUGGAGAAGGUGGGAAUACUGAUGGGAUGAGGCUUGUUCAGCUUUUAAUUGCUUGUGCUGAAGCUGUUGCUUGUCGGGAUAAGUCACAUGCCUCAGCCCUGUUAUCCGAGCUUCGGUCCAGUGCUUUAGUCUUUGGCUCUUCUUUCCAGCGUGUAGCAUCUUGCUUUUUCCAAGGCCUUGCUGAUAGGCUGUCUCUGGUUCAACCUCUAGGGACAGUCAGUUUAGUUACACCAAUAAUGAACAUAAUGGACAUUGCCUCGGAUAAGAAAGAAGAAGCGUUGAGCCUUGUUUAUGAAAUUUGCCCACAUAUUCAGUUUGGUCACUUUGUGGCCAACUCGUCAAUAUUGGAAGCCUUUGAGGGAGAGAGUUUUGUCCAUGUUGUGGACUUGGGAAUGACCCUUGGUCUACCACAUGGUCACCAAUGGCGCCAGCUGAUCCAAAGCCUCGCUAAUCGUGCUGGAAAGCCACCCUGCCGCCUUAGAAUAACUGCUGUAGGUCUUUGUGUUGGUAGGUUUCAAACCAUCGGGGAUGAGCUCGUGGAAUAUGCAAAAGAUGUAGGUAUUAAUUUGGAGUUCUCUGUGGUGGAAAGCACCCUCGAAAACCUGCAGCCUGAUGACAUCAAAGUGUUUGAUGGUGAAGUUCUUGUUGUGAACAGCAUCCUCCAACUGCAUUGUGUGGUUAAAGAAAGCAGAGGAGCCCUGAAUUCUGUUUUGCAGACUAUUCAUGCUCUUUCACCGAAAAUUCUUGCUCUAGUCGAGCAAGAUUCAAGCCACAAUGGGCCAUUCUUUCUGGGAAGAUUCAUGGAAGCCCUGCAUUACUAUUCAGCAAUAUUUGAUUCCCUGGAUGCCAUGCUGCCCAGAUAUGACACAAGGCGAGCAAAGAUGGAACAGUUUUACUUUGCAGAGGAGAUAAAGAACAUUGUGAGCUGUGAGGGGCCAGCAAGGGUGGAGCGGCACGAGAAGGUGGACCAGUGGCGUAGGAGAAUGAGCCGUGCAGGAUUCCAGGCUGCACCAGUUAAGAUGAUGGCUCAGGCCAAGCAAUGGCUAGGGAAGAAUAAGGUUUGUGAUGGCUAUACUGUUGUGGAAGAGAAGGGUUGCUUGGUCCUUGGUUGGAAAUCAAAGCCUAUAGUUGCAGCUUCUUGCUGGAAAUGCUAAAUCACAGCUGCCAACAGUUUCCACUUUUCAGCUUAGCAAGUCUAAUAAAUUGGCCUAGAUGGCCAUGUAACUCAAUAAAUUAAGGUGUGUCAUCUUCUAGAAAAAAAAAAAAAAAGUCAUGUAGAAUGCUUAUAUUUCAGGGAAGUGCAAGCAGAGACUUGGCACUGAAAAUAAGUACUCGUUUGAGUCUGGAUGUUAGCUGUUUCAGGUGACUGAACAGAAGAAAUAAUGGAAUUGUAUUUGGUUGUUUGGUGUGCAUAUAGGGUUGGACCCAGAGUAUAUAUAUAUCAACAUUCAUUGAUUCUUUAUUCAACAAAGUCGGGACUACUUUUACAAGUGCUUGGUAAUGUAAAGAAGAUGUAAAAUUGGCACCAUUUUGUUCAGGUGCUUGUUAAUGUAAAGAAUACAUGAAACUCGUUCGUAUA